UAAAGAAUAAAUAAUGAAUCUCUCUUCUCUCUUUAAAAGCAAAAAAAAAUCCUCUUUUUCUCCAUUUUUAUGUCCAUUUCCACAUUGUGGAAUCCCCAAAACUCUCUCUCUUAGAGUUGAAAAUAAUGACAACAUUUUCAACUCUCAAAGAUUAUACAACAAUGUUGAUGAUGAUAUGGUCGAUAAAAUGGUUGAAGGCCUCAAAAUAGAGAAAGAUAGGUUUUUUUUCGAGGCAGGUGAAAAAACUAGUUCAAUUAUGAAAGUGUCAUCAUCAAUAUUGGCAAAGAGUAAUAAUGAGCUCGAGAUUCUACCAAUUGAUGAAUCGUGUGUUAUAACACCUAUCGAUUCGAUGGAUAUUCCUUGUGGGGAAGGAGCUAUUUCAAUUCACGAUCAAGUGUCAUCAUCAACAUUGUCAAAUAAUACUAAUAAUAGUGGCAAACAGGUCGAGUAUCUACCAUUUAAUGACUCGUGUAUUAUAAAGCUAUCGAGUUCGAUGGAUCCUUAUGGGAGUUUCAAGAAAUCAAUGGUAAAAAUGGUUGAAGCAAAUCUAGGGAUUAAAGAUUGGGAUGAGUUUCUUGAAGAGAUGUUGGCUUGGUAUUUGGAGGUUAAUGAGAAAAAAAAUCAUAAGUAUAUUAUAGGUGCAUUUUGUGAUUUGUGGAUAAGCUAUUCAUUUACUUCAACAACAAAUAUUCCAAAUUCAUUUUUAUUUUGUUCUAGUGAACCUAAGGCUGUGAUUUCACCAACAUCUACAUCUUUUGUAAUUUCAUAAGUGAGGAGUUCAGAUAGGAUAGGGAUAUAAUUUAUGCAGAUCUUAUUUUUAUAUUUUAUGAGAUUAAAAGAGUGAUAGAUUUCGCUCGAAAGAAAAAAUUUGAAGCA